UUGGUUCCGAUUGAUUCGAUGGUAAACUAUUAAUUCAAUAGUUUGAAAGCGAAGCACGUUAAUUAUAGAUAUUUUUCUGGCAAAUGGAAUAAAGAUGAUAUAUUGGGCUGCAACCACAGUGGUUAAAAGGUGAAGAUUUCUAAAGACGAAAUUUUAAUUUAAAACUAGUUUGUCUUGCUCUCUGCUCGCAGCAAGAUCUUCGCCUUUUCCUGGAAGUUUCGAAAGAGGUUCCCACCAGAAAGAUAAAUUUGAGCAGGUUUUGGCUAAUAUUUUGACAAUGUAACUUAUUUCACCGAGAUCCGAGAAAGUCGCCAUGGCAAAUUGUAUAACCGGCGGCCAUAUAUUAAUAGUGAGACGCCAAAGCUAUAUUCCAAGUUACUUUUCUGUUUAUGAAUCUCAAUUACCAACCGACAAUGAAUAUUCUGAAUAUAAAUUGGGAACAGCUGAAUCUGAGGUUGAAAGCUCGAGCUUUUAUCUGCUGUAUUCCAGAAACUCUGCGGCUGAAAGCGACUAUUUCACUUUUCCAACGAGAAGAUCGCCGGAAAAUCUCAUGGAUUCUGGCAUGCACACGACUAGGCUACUGAGCUCAGGUUUAGCGAAGAGAUUUUCUUGCAAUGUGAGCAAAAUGGCGUAUCGUAUGAGGAAUCGCAUGGUUUGUGAUGGAUAUUUCGGCUGCCCUGAUGAACACAUUUCUACAGAAAAAGGAAAUGUCGCAUCCUUAAAAAGAGGGAAACCGGUUUGCAUUCUUCCCUGGAAGAAACGACAAAGAUGCGCCAAAGCGAAGAAAAAGCAUGCGGGCAAAAGCGUCAAAACUGAAGUGCAAACAUCUAAAGUGGACUGCGUGAUCUCAUCCUUGGAACGCACAAAAGUGUCAGGCAUCAAGACAAAGGGUCACGUGACCAGAAACCAGCACAGUAGUGGAACUAAGUCCCACCCUGCCAUGUUCUACAGUUAUUACAUUGCCAAGGGUAACGCCCUUCAAUAUCGCAAAAUUUGCGCGCCAAAACGGCGACCGUGUGAUGGUUUCUUCGGCUGCUACGACGAAGGGAGCAUCCGAGGAAAGAAAGCAGGAACAGUUUCAGGAAAAAGAAAGCCCAUUCCAAAAUACUAAUUGGAAACGAUAAUUAACGUUACAGUUGUCCUUACACAGUGGUCAGUCUCGUUUUGUUAUGAAAGACUCAGUCCACAGAAAUGCGAAGGACAGAAAAGCUAACGGAGUGGGACUUGAUUGGUUUUAUGCACGGUAACAGAACAGUAUCAGGAUGGGACCUUACAGAAGAGCUCUUUUUCUAAGGUUGAAAUAACGGUGAACCUUAGUCAUUUUUACAUGAUGAUAUGAAUUUUAUCGUUUAGUCGCUUCAUAAAAGCGCUCCUUAAAUAUAUGCAGAACAACAAUAAAAUUUUGGAAUUAAUAUAACAUAUUGACAACAUAACUCGUUGACAAAUAAACACAGUGUAUAUAUAUGAAAUGGAUAAUAAAUCAAACUAUGUGCUAGAUGCUUAAAUCUAAAAAGCAAAACUAACUUUUCCAUCAGUGGACAAAAGUUAUAUUCUAUAUCAAAACCGAGAACAACAACCA